AAACAUAAAUAAUUCAAAUUCGUGCGGUACAUUUAAGUCUAACCAGCAAUGCCGUUGAGGAAAAAAAACGCUCAUUGAUUGACGGCUUUAGGGACUUAGAAAAGUGCAGAGGCAAAGCAGCAGAGAGAUGUCGGAAGUCCGCAUUCGGCCGCGCCAGGUGCUGGUGCUAAUCAUAGUCUUCUUGGUGAUUCUAAUGAUGGUGCACCGGAAUGGGAAGCGCACCUGCCAGGGUCCGGACUACCUGCAGACAAUGUACGCACAGGCGGAUACGUUGCCGACCAUCUACGCUGUGACGCCGACGUAUACGCGACCCGCUCAGAAGGCGGAACUGACCAGGUUGUCGCACCUAUUCAUGCUGCUGCCGCAUCUGCACUGGAUCAUUGUGGAAGACGCAAAUGCCACUAGUCCCCUGGUCACUGGGCUGCUACAGCGCGCCGGCCUGGGGAAGCGCUCCACGCAGCUGAACAUCAAGACACCGCCCGAGUUCAAGCUGCAGGGCAAAGAUCCCAACUGGAUCAAGCCACGCGGCGUCGAGCAGCGCAACUUGGCGCUCACCUGGCUGCGCAACAACGUCAACACGGACCAGCACUCGAUAGUGUUCUUUAUGGAUGACGACAACUCAUAUUCCACGGAGCUGUUUACCGAAAUGUCGAAAAUACAACGGGGACGCGUCGGCGUCUGGCCAGUGGGCCUCGUUGGCGGUCUGAUGGUGGAGCGACCGUAUCUCAGUGAAGAUCAGAAGCAGGUUAUUGGCUUCAAUGCCGCCUGGCGGCCGGAACGACCCUUUCCCAUUGAUAUGGCCGCCUUUGCCAUUAGCAUGGAUCUGUUUAUACGCAAUCCACAAGCCCUCUUCUCAUACGAAGUGCAGCGCGGCUAUCAAGAGAGCGAGAUAUUGCGACACCUGACCACCCGGGAAAAGCUGCAGCCGCUGGCCAAUGGCUGCCGUGAGGUGCUCGUGUGGCACACGCGCACCGAGAAGACCAAGCUCACCGCCGAGGAGGCGCUGCUGAAGCAGGGCAAGCGUUCCGACGGCGGCAUGGAGGUGUAAGCAGAUCGAAAAAGACCGCUGUUACAGCCAGCCGGGUGUACAUACUUAGCCAGUGUCCCCAUCCUCUUCUCCUCUUAGUGAAUUUAUUUAAUAUCCGCCAGAAAUCUUUGAUUUUCUCGCAGACUCAAUUGAAACAGAUGUAUACUUCCGCCUAGUCUAAGUGCAAUUACCUACUUAAAGCAUCACCUUAGUAUUAAAGAAAUAAUUGAUCAGAUUUGUAAGUCAAACGUUUAAUUUUAUUUAAUUUUUGCUUACUUUUUGUAAAAUUCAAAUCAAAAGCAAUACCUUGACUUAAGUACA